CAGCAACAUUCGCUAUCUGAGACGCCAACUCUGAGCUCCAUUCUUAUCUCACAUUCUGAAAACUCAUCCCGGCCAUUAAACUCAGGCCAGGGAAACACUCUCUCGAAAUACACUCGUUACCCACGCUACACCCUUCAAAAAUGGCUUUCACAAUGCACUCGCACUCGGGGCAAUUCUGCCCCGGCCACGCCAAAGACCAGCUUGAAGACAUCAUCCUGCAUGCCAUCAAGAUUGGCUACAAGACCAUGGGACUGACAGAGCACAUGCCGCGCACCGACCUGAGAGAUUUGUACCCGGAAGAACUCCUCCCGUCUCCAACGGCCUCCCUGGCGGCGCUCAUGCCGCGACACGACGCCUACCUGGCCGAAGCCGCGCGGCUGCAGCGCAAGUAUGCCGCGCAGAUCCACAUCCUGAUCGGCUUCGAAGGCGAGUGGAUCCGGCCGGCCGACUACGCGCCGCUGGUGCGCUCGCUCGCCGCGCACCCGGCCGUCGACUACUUUGUCGGCUCGCUGCACCACACGGCGGGCGUGCCCAUCGACCUGGACGCCGCCACCUACGCGCGCGCCGUUGAGGCCAGCGGCGGCUCCGAGCAGCUCCUGUUCGAGCGCUACUUUGACGAGCAGCACGGCAUGCUCGCCGAGCUGCGGCCCAGGGUGGUCGGCCAUUUCGACCUCGUCAGGCUCUUGUCGGAAAGGCCCGGCAGGCCGCUCAAAGAGGAGUGGCCCGGCGUGUGGGAGAGGGUGGUCAGGAACCUGGAGCUCAUCAGGGGGUACGGCGGCUGGCUGGAGUGUAACACCAGCGCGUUGAGGAAGGGGUUGGACGAGGCGUACCCCAAGCGCGAGAUUGCCGAGGAGUGGGUCAAGAUGGGCGGCAAGUUUACCAUGUCCGACGACAGCCAUGGCAUUGCGCAGGUGGCGACGAACUAUCUGAGGGGCUUGGACUAUCUCGAGGGGCUGAGCGUCAAAGAAGUUUGGACUCUUGAGAGAAGGUUGGCCGGGGAAGGUGUCAAGGCUGACCUGGUUGAGAAGAGCGUGUCGUUGGACGAGUUUCGGGCGAGCUUGAGGCUAGAGUGAGCUGGCAGAUGAACUGAACGAGUAUGAUCAGAGCAUAUGAAGUUGGUUUAACCCAUUGGUCACGAGUGGCAUCCGUCACAUAUUGGACAAAGGGUAACAACAUAAUCUCGAUUUCUGAGGGAAAAAAGAGACAAGAAAAAGCGCAAUCCCCAUCCUCCUUCAAAAACGAUAGAGGGAAAAAAAAAAAGAAGGGCAAAACCACACGCGGAUCCUC